UUUCAGCUUUAGUGUUUCUUACUCUCUCAUUUCCAUUUUAGCUAUGACUUUAUGCAUUAAAAAUGGCUUUCUUGCAGCUGCCCUUGUACUUGUUGCGCUGUUAAUUUGCAGUAUCCAAAAGAUAGGGGCACAAUCUAUUGGAGUAUGCUUUGGAAAACUUGCAAGCAAUUUACCAUCAGACCAAGAUGUUAUAAACCUAUACAAUGCUAAUGGCAUCAGAAAGAUGAGAAUCUACAAUCCAGAUACAAAUGUCUUCAACGCUCUCAGAGGAAGUAACAUUGAGAUCAUUCUCGACGUCCCAAAUCAAGAUCUUCAAUCCCUAACUGAUUCUUCAAGAGCUAAUGGAUGGGUCCAAGAUAACAUAAUAAAUCAUUUUCCAGAUGUUAAAUUUAAAUAUAUAGCUGUUGGAAAUGAAGUCUCUCCCGGAAAUAAUGGUCAAUAUGCACCAUUUGUUGCUCCUGCCAUGCAAAAUGUGUACAAUGCAUUAGCAGCAGCAGGGUUGCAAGAUCAAAUCAAGGUCUCAACUGCAACAUAUUCAGGGCUCUUAGCAAACACCUACCCACCCAAAGAUAGUAUUUUUCGAGGAGAAUUUAAUAGUUUCAUUAAUCCCAUAAUCCAAUUUCUAGCACGAAAUAACCUUCCACUCUUAGCCAAUGUCUAUCCUUAUUUUGGUCACAUUUACAACACUGCUGAUGUCCCACUUUCUUAUGCUUUGUUCACACAACAAGAAGCAAAUCCUGCAGGAUAUCAAAAUCUUUUUGAUGCCCUUUUGGAUUCUAUGUAUUUUGCUGUAGAGAAAGCCGGAGGACUAAAUGUGGAGAUUGUUGUAUCUGAAAGUGGAUGGCCUUCUGAAGGAAGCUCUGCAGCAACUAUUGAAAAUGCUAAAACUUACUAUAAAAAUUUGAUUAAUCAUGUGAAAAGCGGAGCAGGAACUCCAAAGAAACCUGGAAAGACUAUAGAAACUUAUUUAUUUGCCAUGUUUGAUGAAAAUAAUAAGGAAGGAGAUAUCACUGAGAAACACUUUGGACUCUUUUCUCCUGAUCAGAGGGCAAAAUAUGAACUCAAUUUCAAUUAAUUAAUGGUAGUAUAUGUUGAUAUACAUAGUGAUAUAAGGAAUAAGAAGAACUGCUAUGUUUUUCUCUUCAAUAAAAAAUGUAACUCUGGUUUCACUUUGUUAUCUGUAUGUCAUAAUUAUUGAAA